AUGAGGACAGGGGUUUCGCAGCUUACCUUAAAACUUAUUAUAUCUGCGCCGUAUGAUCCAGGAAUUGGGAAGUUAAACACGCAAAGAAGUGAGAUCACCAAGAGUGGGGGUUACGGGAAUAUCAUUAAGACACCAACGAUUAAAACAAAACAUGGAGAGUUGAAAGAGCAAGAAGAAGGGAGAAGACGAGAGAAAAAAUUGCAUGAUUUGAAGCAAUUAUUUCCGUACACAGUGUGUGGCAUGGGGGCGCACCAAGUACCAAGUACAAGCCGUGGCCAAUGCUGGGCUCUCUUCUCUGGAACAUCAUGUACUACUCUCGUUCACCAUGAACUGUCACUGGUCCAAAAUAAAAUCAGCAAUGAACCAUGCAUAAUGGAAAAGGCCCAUGAGUCUCUCACCAAAAAUAGGGGUGGUCCAAAAUCAGCCUAUCUACUCAAAUUCUGGCUUUAUGUGCACUACUUUCAGUUUCUCACUUUUGGAGUGUAA